GUUAGUAUAACAAAACCGCAAGUAUUUUUUGUUGUACGCUGCGUUGUUUGUUGCUGGUUUCCUGCACAGCAAAUUGAAAUUACAAAAAUAAGAAGCAAAAGCGCCAAAAACAAGUGAAACUGCGAUAACUGCGCGAAAAAGAGAGUCUAGUGUAUAGUGCAAAUUACAAAUAAUAAAACGCGCUUACAAAGAUGAUGAACGAGGCUGCAGCACUGGCAAACAUGAUACCGUACGACACAAUUGGACUCUACGAGCAGCCCAAGCCGCGUUUUAUCUUCAAAAUGCCACGCGUAGUGCCCGACCAGAAGUCCAAGUUCGAGAGCGACGAGCUCUUUCGUCGCCUGAGCCGUGAGAGCGAGAUACGCUACACAGGCUAUCGGGAGCGCAGCAUCGAGGAGCGUCAGGUGCGCUUCAUGAAUGGCUGUCGUGAGGGACACACGGAAACCAGUUUUGUGGCAUCUGGAACGAACCUGCAGCUGGUGUUCAAUGCCAAUCAGAAUCCCUAUCUGCACGACAAAGAAUGCGACUUUGACAAGGAGCACGGCAAGGUGCACAUAAAAUCCUAUUUCAUUAUGAACGGAGUCUGUGUGCGAUUCCGGGGCUGGCUCGAUCUGGAACGUUUGGAUGGCGUUGGUUGUCUGGAGUACGACGAACGUCGGGCCAUGCACGAGGAUGCCAUACUACGUGAUCAGAUCGAUCGCUACAACCAGCGAUUGCGUGAAUUCGAGGACACCAAGCGCGCCUAUCGUGACAAUCGCCAGGAUGAGAUGGAGGCUGUGCGACGGGGCGUCGCAUCCGGCGGCAUUGGUGUGGGCGCCAGUAUGUGGCGACGUUAGUUAGACUUUUGGACGGCUUCGUCGACAGCCUCAGCAGCAUCGGCGUCGCCGUCGUUACAGCUACAACAACAGCAACAGCAUCAACACCAGCAACAGCAGCAUGAGACUCAAUUCGCAACAAAUACUCAAUACUUUAUGGAAAACUAAAGUUGCUCCUUCUACCAGAACCCAAAGCACACAGAUUUUGAAUGGGAUUACGAUUAGAUAUAAAUGUAUGAUUCGAAUAUGCUCUUAGAUUUAGUAAUUAGCGUCUAGUAAGAUUAAUGCAAGUACUACUUAACUUUUAUGGUAUUAAACAUAACAACUUAAUGUGAAUGUUAGUGACGUACAUAUUUAUAUUUAAAUUACACAAUAAACUUACGCAUAUAAAAAUUUCCGAUAUCUCGAACCAUGACUAACGCAUUAUUGCAUCACUAAUCUUAAUAAUAAUCAUAUGAAUACACUAAGUAAGCUAAAAAUCAAAA